AGCUGAGUUUUGCUGUGGUUUUUUAACUAUAAAUAUGAUAGUCAAUGGGUAAUUCAACAGUUUUGCGCCGGCGUUGUUGCCAUAACAAGCAGCAAUAAUUAUGCAUAAUUUAAAGUUUUUCCAGAAAAUUGUCGAGUAAUUUGAUCAAGGCUAUUCCGCAAAGCUUCAUAAGCUGUAAUCAUCGUAAUCCAUUAAACCGCAAAGCAAACGUAAAAUUUUACGCUAACAGCAACAACAACGGCGAGUAUCUCAAAAAUAUUUCCAAAAUGCAAAAGCAAUUGCCAAUUUAUGCAUGCGGUGAAAUUGUCCGGGGAUUUGGACGUGGCUCCAAAGAACUGGGCAUACCAACAGCAAACCUGUCUCUGGAAGCGGUAAAAGCGCUGCCUGAUUCUCUGCAAACUGGAGUCUACUAUGGUUGGGCAAAGGUUAAUGACAGCGAUGUCCAUAAAAUGGUGUUAAGCAUAGGAUGGAAUCCCUUUUAUAAUAACAAAGAGAAGAGCGUGGAAACACAUAUAUUGCAUGAAUUCAAAUGUGAUUUAUACGGCAGAACCUUAAAAAUAUGCAUUGUAGGCUAUUUGCGACCUGAGCAAAACUUUGAUUCCUUAGAGGCUUUAAUUGAGACUAUUAAUUCGGAUAUCGAUCAAGCGAAAACUCUUCUGGACUCUGUUGAUAGUAAGCAAUUUAAAGAAAACUCUUUUUUUAAAGAAACUAUUGAAAAAUCUUAAAUAUUACCAUUAAAAGAUAGUCUGUACUUAAUUGUUAUCUGUAAGUACGUUGAAUAUUUUUGUACAGAUUCACGUAUGUGACAAAAUGUAGCAAGUACUUAAGAUAUAUUUUUAUCUUGGAAUUAAAUGCAAUUAUUUUCAUCACGUAAA